CUGGGACACCCUAAAAUUUGAAAACGAUUAUACUACUCUCGUUUGUAGUUUGCGUAUGAGAAUAUAAGUGGUAGUUUGGGUAAUUCAAACCCGGGACACUACUAUUACUAAUAAAUAUAAUUUCCAUUAGGCUACAAAUUUUUUGUUGCUAUAUUCUAAACACUGUGUAAUAGCAAAACUCUAUUCUCUAUCUUUCAUUAUUUUCAAAACCUAACAAUUAAUCUAAUUACAAGUUACCCUUAAUUUAUAUUGAUCUUAUGGUUGUACGACACGUGUUGAAAGUGUUUUUUCAACUUUGAGUUACAUCAUGAACAAAUUUAGAAUUCAAAUAUGCGUAAGCUCGUGAAUGAUCGUCUAGUAGGAUAUACCGAGACAAAUUUGUUGAGCAGUGUAUACACCAAGUAUUUUUUAUAAUUUGUUUAGAAUAUGAAAAUACAUCAUUGACUUUUUUUUAACUUGUACGAGUUGGGUAUUUUCUUACUAAACAAUAAUAUAAUUUUAUUAAUUAUUAAUUAUUUAAUUUUUAUUUUACUUUAUUUUUUGAAAGAGGACACCCCUAUGUAAAUUUUCUGGGUCCGCCACUGACUAUAACUAAGAUAUAAAGACACAUGUGACAUGCAUUUAUGAGCAUCUAUCAUAUCAAUUGUCCAAAUGUCAUUUUCAAGUCUAAACUCUCCCGGCCAAUGGGCCGGACCUGGCGCUAGUAUUACUUGACAGCAGAUAAUGAGAGUUCUGAGACCCUCUCUCUGUGGGCUGGACUAACUAAUUUGGUUGACAUGACUGUGGAUCCAUUCAAAUAGCUCAAUCAAGCCCAUUGAUGCGAACGGAUUAGCCCAAUCCCUUUCACUCCUAAGCCCUCUUGCUUCUUCUUGCUACAGGAGUAGCAUUGGGUUAUUAAUCAAAAUGGUCACAUAGGUUCGGAGCAGUAACAAAAUGGUCACAAACGUUUAAAACGUAACAAAAAGUCAUAUACGUAUCAUGACAUAACAAAACAAUCAUUUCAUCUCUUUUUAGCCAUGUUUUCAUUCGCAAGAAUCGGUUAUUUUGAUGACACCAUGGAAAAUUUAAAACAAAUUAUCAACCACCUAACCAGCCUGUGAAAUUACCGCUUAUUUAGAGCAAGCAAACUGGGCAUUUUAGAUGGAAAUAUAGAUGGAAACGCAUGGAAUAGUUGUUUUGUUAUAACAUGAUACUUGCGUGACCUUUUUGUUACGUUUCAAACGUUUGUGACCAUUUUGUUACUUAAACAAACUUGUGUGACCAUUUUGAUCAAUUACCCGAGUAGCAUGUCUGUUGGGUUGCUGCUGUUGAAGCGACCCCAAACGUUGACACUAGUUUGGUGAUUGAGAAUGCAAUCCGACUGGGAGUCGUCAGAUAAGGUGAUGGACGCCUCGUGUUCGUUAGAUUAAUGUGUUGACAUUUUAUUUAUAAAACUAUUAUCGCAUUCAUCCAACGGAUCACGAUGUGCCCGAAAAUUCGAUUUGACGACUCCCAGCAUCUAUGAACACGUUUUUCCUACUCGUGUUGUGAUCGCCAAUAACCGGAUUGGGUGAAAUGAAAAUGGGUUUACAAAGAACUGUCGGUGGCCUACUCGUGUUGUGAUGCAUACAACUGGGAACACAACAGCAGAAUAAUUUUGCUGUAGAUUUUCCUUUUCAACGUUAAGGUUGAAUUUUAUAAAAUUUUCUUUUUGUGGAAAGUGGAAACCACAGUGGAUGGUUGGUUAGACAGGCUGUCUUUGUCUGUUAGCCCGCCGGUCGCCGUCAUCCAAUCGGACCAAACCGUGUCCGAUCAACCUUCAUUUUCUCACUACAUAACUUUUCCUUUUUACAAAUCAGUCACUCGUUACAACCUUUCUUACAAUUUCACUCCUUAAUAAUAUCACAGUUUUUGUUUGUUAAUCAAUAAUCUCAGUUUGCGUAGCUCAAGUUUUAGUGCUUUAAUUUACAAUUGUAUUCACAAACAAACUAUAUCUAAAUUGGACUAAAGCUUCGGUUACUUAGUCAUCUAAGCCUUUAGGAUUUUGGAAUCAGUGAUUGUAAAGAAAGCAGACUGAUGCGAGAACAUAUCAUGGUUGAUCAUACAGUGUAGUUCUUUACCUUCACGCGUCCUCUUACAAUAACUAUAUCAUGGCUCGAGAUAAAAUUUUCGAAAGAUGACGGUCUCGUUCCAUUAGGUUUUACCUGCCCUUCAAUGUAUUGCACUCUACUCAUAAAAAGUUGUGCUUAACGAAGUAUCAAUAUGCACACUGUACACCAAUCACGGUGCAAGUAACUCAUUUUUCUCGUCAAUUCUAAAUCGCCAAGGUCAAAAGUAAGGUUACUUUUGACAUUAUCAACUUCGCUUGUCGAUUCUUAUCAAUAAAUCAGCUGACUUUCACACUUCCUAGUUCCUACCAUAGCAUCAUUGCAUCUUAAUCCUACAAAUUUAUCUUAUUGUAACUUUAGCUAAUGUAGGUUACAAAAAAAAAAAAAAAAUAUUGGACAAAAUUAGUUUGUGGACCAAAUUGUAAUUCUUUGGAUAUGAUCCCCUAUUCCCCUUGUCUGAAAAUAGGAUUUUAUUACUAUUUUCCGGAGCGAAUAUAGUAUUUACCAUUUUCUGCAUCUUUAGUUCUUUUUGCUAAUAAACAAUGAAUGGAAAUUAACACAGCACCAGCAAAUCUCUAGCUCACAUGGAUUGCGACGGUGAGUAGUGAGUCGAGUAUUCAGCAAGCACUACUCCUCACCAUUAUUGCUGCUCUGCUGAUUUUUGACUAACUACCUUCCUUCUCCACUCUCCACCACCUCUCUCUCUUCCUUUCUCCAACCUUCCUCUUCCUCUACCCAAUUCCCAUUUCACAUUAGAUCUGCCCAUCUUCUCCUUUUUCCUUCUAAUUCAGCAUUUACAGUGAAGUGAUCGAUCCAAUUUCCGGCAGAGCUGAGUGGAAGGGGAGGUGGGCAAGAUGAGUAUGUACGGUAGAGAUCCGUGGGGCGGCCCGUUGGAGAUAAACACGGCGGAUUCCGCCACCGACGACGACCGGAGCAGGAAUCUCAACGAUUUGGACCGGGCAGCUCUCUCCCGGCCGCUGGACGAGACCCAGCAGAGCUGGCUGUUGGGACCCACCGAGCAGAAGAAGAAGAAGAAGUACGUGGAUCUGGGCUGCAUCAUCGUCAGCAGCAAGAUCUUCUGGUGGACGGUCAUCGUGGUAGCCGGCGCCGGAGUUCUCGCCGGCUUGAUCGCCAUCCUCGUGAAGUUCGUGCCUCAUCACCACGACCAUAAACCCACGCCGGACAAUUACACCGCCGCACUCACCACUGCCCUCAAGUUCUUCAAUGCCCAGCGAUCAGGAAAGCUUCCCAAGCACAACAAUAUAUCAUGGAGGGGUAACUCUUGUACGAAGGAUGGGGAUCCUUCGGGCCAGUUCAAAGAUCUGGCUGGUGGCUAUUACGAUGCUGGAGACGCAAUUAAGUUCAAUUUCCCUCAAUCGUAUGCCAUGACCAUGUUGAGCUGGAGUGUGAUCGAGUACAGUGCAAAGUAUCAAGCUUCCGGCGAGCUCAAUCAUGUUAAAGAGAUCAUCAAGUGGGGAACUGAUUAUUUGCUCAAGACCUUCAACCACACGGCUGAUACGAUCAACAUACUUGUUUCCCAGGUUGGAUCCGGGGAUACUUCCGGCGGCAUGUCAACUCCAAAUGAUCACUACUGCUGGACGCGCCCUGAGGAUAUUGAUUACGAGAGGCCGGUGGCCACUUGCAGCAGUUGCUCUGAUCUUGCUGCAGAAAUGGCUGCUGCUCUAGCAUCUGCGUCCAUUGUGUUCAAAGACAACAAGGCUUAUUCUCAGAAACUUGUCCAUGGUGCCAGAACCCUCUUUAAAUUCUCGAGGGACCAACGUGGGAGAUACAGCGCGAGUAGUACGGAAGCUUCUCAGUUCUACAAUUCUACUAGCUACUGGGAUGAAUUUCUUUGGGCUGGAACUUGGUUGUAUUAUGCGACUGGUAAUAAUACCUAUCUUCAACUUGCUACUACUAAUGGUAUCGCAAGGCAUGCUGGUGCUUUCUGGGGUGGACCUGACUACGGUGUUUUUAGCUGGGACAACAAGCUUAUUGGUGCUCAGGUGCUUCUUAGCCGUUUGAGACUCUUCCUGAGCCCGGGGUACCCUUAUGAAGAAAUAUUAAGGACGUUCCACAACCAGACUAGCAUAGUCAUGUGUUCCUACCUUCCAUAUUUCACAAGCUUCAACAGAACCAAAGGUGGUUUGAUUCAGUUAAACCAUGGAAGACCACAGCCUCUUCAGUAUGUAGUGAAUUCAGCUUUCUUGGCUGCUGUAUAUAGCGACUAUCUUGAUGCUGCAGAUACACCUGGAUGGUACUGUGGACCAAACUUCUACUCUACAAAGAUCCUGCGUGAAUUUGCAAAGACCCAGAUCGACUAUAUCCUGGGGAAAAAUCCAAGAAAAAUGAGCUAUGUUGUUGGUUUUGGUAACCAUUACCCAAGGCACGUCCAUCACAGAGGCGCUUCUAUCCCCAAGAACAAAGUUAAGUACAGUUGCAAAGGUGGAUGGAAGUGGAGGGACACAAAGAAGCCAAACCCGAACAAACUAGUGGGAGCUAUGGUUGCGGGGCCUGAUAGGCACGAUGGUUUCCAUGAUGUUCGAACUAACUACAACUAUACCGAGCCAACGCUUGCAGGAAAUGCAGGAUUAGUUGCCGCUCUUGUGGCGUUGUCUGGCGAAGGGGACUCUAAUAUUGACAAGAACACCAUUUUCUCGGCGGUGCCCCCCAUGUUCCCCACUCCUCCUCCACCUCCAGCACCAUGGAAACCAUGAGAAAGACGAUAUGUAAAUUAAGAGUUUUAAGCAAGUCAGAAAUGGUUGAAGGCACUUUACAAAGGCAAGCUGAAGCUCGGGAAGAAGACAGUGGAUGAGGCUUUCUGAAAGAGGGCCAUGUGGCCGUGGGAAGCAAGAAGAUGGGAUGGAUGAAUUCUUCCUGGAAAAGCGUUGGUCUUUGUUUGAAUUUUUGUGUGUUAUACGAUAGCAUAAUAUGUAUGUAUGGAUCUUGUAUUCUUUUGUAACCCUUGUGGAUUCGUCUGUGGAAACAAUGGACACUUCCCAUUUUGAUGUCUGACAGUGAAAGAGAAUACAUUUGUUGGUUUACUACAGUCCACUUUCCAGGUUUCGCUGUUCCAGGAAAAGGAAAGUCUUGGAUCUUGUGUAUUCUGUUCGAUCGAUCCAUACAUAUUUAAAUCCAUACAAUCGAUCCACGUGGUUUUGUGGUGAAAAAACAAAGAGCUAACAAUAAAAUGCAGCUGUAACU